AAGUGGUAUACGAAGGAGAUCCAUGGCGAUGUAGAGGCUUCAACUCUUUGGUGGGACCAAGACCCAGUGGCCUACAGUGCUUCUUCAGAGUUUGGAGUCUUCCCUAUUCAUCAUUGGUCUUCGUCUUUCCGAAACCAAUUACUACCCAUCUUUGAAAAAUCAAUCUGUGAUCACCAUCUUCAUCCUCCUCCUCCUCCUCCUCCUCAUUCAUCCAUUUGCUCUGCGGAAUCCAUCCCUCCUUACACCAUGGUUGAACAGGACCGUGGUACGCCAACCGGAUGGCCUCUCGGAUUGGGAAACUUGAACCUAAGACUCAGAGUGACAGAGAGCCAACAACCUGUUGCAGCAGAAGCAGAACCGUACUCUUUACAUGCACAUUCAUCCAGUUUCUCUUCAUUUUUGUCCUCCAACCUUGAAACCGAGUCCACAGCAUCUUUCUUCCAAGACCAUAGCGUUUCACUGGGCCGGCUAAUGGGAAUUAAACCACAGGACAGAGGGUACUUCCCAAGAACAAGCAGCGUUGAGCAACAUGAGAGUACAUCAGAGAGGAUAUCGUUCCCGGAUGCAACUGGGAACCGAGUUGAAGAAUUGUCUAGUAGGGGAAUUUGUGUUCCUCUACUAGUUAGUAUCUUAAUGAAGAUGACCAGAAGUAGAAGCAACUCGAGCCGGUGAGCGAGUUCGACAGUAAUGUCUCGAUGACAUUUGUUCAAGGCAUACUUCAUGUACAAACUUUGUCGCCUGUAUGCGUUGUAAAUGGCUGAUUCAUAGUGUGAUUCACUUGUUACUUGGAAUGCUUUUCGAAUAAUAUGGAGAGGGGCAAAUUGUCUAGACAAAAGUUCUUUGAAGUAUGAAAUGGUGGUUCUUGAUUUCCCUAA